GAAUUCAGUUUCUGAACUAUUUUUGACCAAAUAUUUUCAGGAUUUUAUGAUCUGAUGUUUGUAAAUGGAUGAAUUAAAAGCUAGUCUCGGGCUGAGCAGCCUCACAGAAGAAUGGUGCCACAACAUGCUGAAAGAUGACUUUUGUUCUGAAAACUUCCCAGAGUCUUGGACUUACGACAACACAUUAAUCGGACUAGAAGAGCCGUUUCGAGACCUACUGAAAUACAUCCGAAAGAAAAGAAACAGAAUCUGGGAUAACUUAAUCUUAUCAGAUGUGAGCAGAAUUCAGUGUGUCACAAAUGUUGUCUUGGAAUCUUGUAUAAAAGGAGAAGGUUCGCCACUGACUGGUUUAUUAGGUGGGGGUUGCUAUCUGUAUCUCUCAACCUUGGAGGGGGCGUCAGCAAGAAAUGUGUUUCAUAACAUGCUCUUUGGUAAGGUAAUGGAGUUACUCAAAGUUCAGAACGACUCCUCAAGUUUUGAAGGUAUUCUUGCAGUUUAUGAUAGCCUAUCAGAAAUCAUUGAAUCAGACUUGACUUUACCAGACCAGUCAUAUUGGAUACUGGUCAAAUCGUUUCUUGCUUCCGUCAAUAUCAAUUGUUCCCACAAAAAAGCAGACAACAGCGACUUCAAUCAACUUUUUUCUGUUAUCUUGUCAAAGCCUAAAGAUUUUAAGUUCUUCAUCAAAGAAGCUUCAGCGUACCUAUUAGCAGGUAAAUCGUAUGUCAGUGACCGUUGUUCCGGCCUGAUAUGUGAUUUCACAUCAAAAAGCUCGGAAAACAAGCGUGUUAUAGCUCACCACCUGAACCUAAUCCACACUCUCUGUUCAUCCAUAUCAGACAGAACUGAAGCCAGAAGACAGGUCGAGGCGUAUAUCUUGAAGCUGGUCGCAGUACUACCCAACAACUGCUUCUUUGAGUUUGUUGAUUGGAUUGUAACUCAGCUGUGCAUGUCUCAAAAGGUUGUCCACAGGAUAUUUGGAGCUGAAAUGUGCUUCCAACUUUCAUUCAACGAUUUUGUUACUGACGCCGAAGAUCCAUCUGUGUUGAAAGUGUUGUACCAGACCAUUAUAUUAGGUCUCUGUGAUAAAGCCCCGACAGUCAGGGCUAAAUAUGCAAUGGUGCUGAGUGAUCUCUUGAAGAAUGCCCCAACAACCUCUCAGAAAUCUCUGUUGCCCUACUUUGAGCCGAGCAAUUCUGAAAAUAUUCUGCAUGUUGUGCAGUCUUUGAGCUCCGACGAAAAAUCAUCAGUCAGGAAAGCAUCAUGUAGCUUGCUACUGAUGAUGCUUCUAAAAAUCAAAAUUAGAAGCUCCUGGUUGAAAAUCAUUUAUCGUUUUUGUUUGGACACAGCAGUAUCGGUCAGAAAACAAGCUCUCAUGAGUGUUGGUCAGUUGCUUUCAGAGUUCGAGUCUGACCCAGUUGUACAGAGACUGUGGCUGGAAACUGUCCUACCCGCAACGAAUGACAAUGAGAACUCUGUGAAGGAUUAUUGUAGCCUGCAGCUGGAGAGGUUACUGAAUAAGCUUCACUCCUGCGAACAUGCCUGGGAAAUCUUACAGCUAAUUUCUAAUCCAAAGUCCCUCGACCUGCAAACAUACUUUGAUUUUGGAAUCUACAACCUGAAAGACUUCAAAAUGUCAGCAGACUGCAGGAGUUACCUGUUAGAGAAGUUAGAAGAUCCACAGUCCACUCACACCAUUUUACUUGUAGUUUCCAAAAUGGUGGACAAAUUUAAGGAGAUCGACAGUUGUCAGUUGGUUGACAUAUUUGAGAGAUGUUUGUUAACAAGAUCAGAUGAUAGUUACCAAACCAUGUGCAUGUCAUUUACAUGUUUGAGAAACCUGAAGAGGGUCACUGAUAUCGAUGAGAUUGUUGAGAAAUUAAGGCUGGAACUGAAGAAAUUCAUUCACCCAUACAUUGUUAUCAAGGAGUUAGUAGCAACUGUCGCUAACCUCAUACAUCGAAGUGACAAACAACAAAUGAUCACGUUAUGCGAGGAGACCAUUAGAGACAUCGGUGUUGUCCUCCAGAAUCUAUGUUUAACACAAACUUCUCACGACGUUAUCUCCUCAAUGAAGUUGUGUUGCUACUUAUUCACUCUGGGAGAAGUAACAAUGCAUUAUACGAAAGUGAUUGACAGUAGCGUCAUUUUGUCUGUAAAGGAGCUGAUUAUUGGGAGUGAGGAGAGCUCGUUCUCAACAUCUGUUCGGGGGCAUUCCAUUAUCGCUCUGGGCAAGAUGUGUCUCGUUCAUGAAGAUGUUGCAAAAGAUUCAGUCAUGCUCUUCUCAAAAGUGCUGGAGGAUGAUAAAAACUUUGAAAUCAGGAACAAUAUUUUGAUUGUGUUGGGCGACCUGAUCGUAAGAUACCCAACUAUCAUUGCUGAGUAUCUGUACUGUGUAACUGAUUGUCUUCAGGAUGGGUCGAUGGUUGUGCGUCGUCAGGCUAUCAUUGUCUUGACUAAGCUGCUUCAAGAAGAUUAUUUGAAAUGGAGAAGUGGGAUUGUCAUGAAGUUCAUUUCAAACUUGGUUUGUGAGAACUCUGAGAUAAGACAGUUGUGCGAGCUGUGCCUCUCUAAUAUCCUGCUUGUCAGGUACCCUAAAACCUAUUUUGACUUCUUCAUUGAGGUGGUGUUCUUUGCUAAUGAACUUUUUAGUUUCCUUACCACAACUGAACCAAACCUUCUUCAUUUUUCGUUGCCAGGUAAAGAGAAUCAGGCCAAACGGAGAAAAAUCUAUACAGCAAUGUUGCAAAACCUUGGAGAUCAGCAGAAAUUAGAGCUUACUACUCGUAUCUGCAAGGAGAUCCUAACUCUGUUCGUGGCAGAGAAUGAUGAUCCUAUAGACGAGAAACUUAUACCACUCCUUCACGAUAGUCUUUGGAUACUUUGCUGUCCAUCAUUGAAAUUAUCUUCAUUGAAAUCUAGAGCUUGUCAUGACUUCGAUGAUGAUGACAGUAAUAUUGGAAUGAUUGAGGCACAAACAAAAUUAAUAUCAACCAUUGUGAAAAGGGUUUUCGUGGAAAAUUGCACUCCUAUCAUAUCCAACUUCGUCAAAAGCUAAGAAGGUUGAAGUCACCGUUACAGAGUGAUUUAACUAAAUUCAUUGUGCUUUUUGUGACCGAUUUCAAAAACGAAAUCGAAGUUUUGAGUGGAGCUGAUGCACAAUUUAUAGCUGAGGUUCAAUACGCAAGAAUGGUUAAGAAAAAAGAGAAAGCAGCAAUCACGCGGUCGUAGACUCUGUGCUACAAGAGACUGUCAUUGGUAAUCUGAUGACCCCUGGUUUUCUUAAGAGCUUUAAAACACCCCACACUGGUCGAGGUUUACAUCUCUCACUAUCCAACCAAGGACCGGCAAUGUUCUUUAAAACUCACAUUAUGUUGCUGCCCCUUACUCACAGCUUCAAGAAGUGUUACUUAUAAGCGUCCGCAAGUUUCAAAUGAUGUCAAUGCAGCUUUGAGAAAGAACUUACUGAGUGAUUUCAGAUUAAAAGAAGCAACAACAAUAAGCACCAUUGUUGUGUCUCAGACAGUUACCAAGUCUACUUCAUUAAGUCAAAAUCUGGGGCACAGUGGGGGUCUGUCACAAAACGACAUCUCGGUACACACCAGUAUGGUUCAUCAUGGAAAUAGAGACCGAGGAUAACGAGAUAUCAUAUACUGAGAGAACAACAACCAUUAAGAUAGUGAACUCUCCAGUCCCGUCAAAGGAAUUUGUAGACAAUUCUCAGGAGGUGGUUGGAAUUAAGAAGGAAGUGCAGAGUCCAUCAGAAAAAUACAUAAAAAAGACGGGAAGGAACCUUUUCAACCCAGAUGCAUCAGCCAACCUAGUGAAUGCUUCAAGGAUGUCAGAGAACUCGAUAAAUGGUAACAAAUCACGGGAUGUGCCAGAAGACCUGCUAUUGAUAAACAAUACUGAAAAAGGGUGUGUGAGAAUCAAAGCUAAGAUGGAGUCUGCCAAAAAAGUGCUACUAUCUUCUCAACAACCUUCACUUAGUGUCCAGUCAAAGGCUAAUCAGCAACCCAAGAAACCCUUCAAGCUGGGGGACUUGAUAAAAGAGAAGAUUCGUGAACAAAAGAGAAGGAAAGCUCAGCUAGCAAAAGCAAACGAUCCUGAUAGAAUUUCACUGAUUCCUGAAGUCAUUACUCAGAAAAAACCCAGUGAACCGGUGCAAGUGAAAUCUGAAACCCCACAUCUGCUGAUUCUUCAGAAGAAGCUCUGGAAACCCUGUGAUGCGUCUUAGAUAAUCACAGUAAUUAAAGGGUGGAGAGAGUGCUGAGGAAGAUGGUGUCGAAUCUGCUCCAGAGGAACCUGAAGAAAUUAGUGUUGAACCUGCUCCAGAGGUACCUGAAGAAAUUAGUGUUGAACCUGCUUCAGAGGUACCUGAAGAAAUUAGUGUUGAACCUGCUUCAGAGGUACCUGAAGAAAUUAGUGUUGAACCUGCUUCAGAAGAACCUGUGCAGAAUGAUAAUGAUCAUACUUCAGUUGAACCCCCUGUGGGAGUUACGGUAUCACAUGAUAAGACAAAGAAAGCGGAAUCAACCGAGGAUAUUGAUAGGAAACCGGAUGCAGAAAAAAGAAGGACUCGCCGAUCUGCAAGGUUCAACAAACUGAUGAAUCAAUUCAAGCCAGCACAGGGUAUAGCUUCUAGUAAAGAGAAAGUUUCUUCAGACCAGACCAAACCGUCUGAUGAUUUGAAUAGACAUUCUGGUGUUGAUAACAAGCUUCCAGAUAUUCGAGCUAUGGUAAAAGAAGGUCCGUCAUCCACUGAGAAUCUUGAGAAUACACCACCCAGGGCUUCUAAAGAAGUUUCCAAGACUUCAUCUAAAGAAGUUUCCAACACUUCCUCUAAAGAAGUUACCAAGACUUCAUCUAAAAAAGUUAUCAAGACUUCCUCUAAAGAAUUUAUCAAGACUUCUCUAAGAAGAUUCCCGCCAUGAAAGGGAAGGUGAAGAAGCUGGGUUAGCUGCCAAAAGACGAGCCAAAAGAUCAAAAUAUUAAACCAAUUUCAGCCUAAACAAGCUGAAAAACAAGCAGAAAAUCAACCAAUUCAAUCUAAACAAUCGGAAAAAACACCUGAUCCAGACAAACCUUCUGCACCAAGUCGAGCAUCAAAGCGGGUUAGUAAGUUGUUGGCUCAGCUACAACGGAAAAAACCUCCAGGUCUUGCAGCCGGAUGUAUUGUAGAUAAGCCAGAAAACAUUUUGUUAUGCAAUCAAGUACUAAGAAAGCGCAAGAAUCCCAAUGACUCGGGACAUUGUGUUUAUCAAGAAGAUGAGCUGGAUCCAAAACCAAAGAGGAGGUCCAUCGAUAAUCUCGUGAAUUUAGGUAACGUUACCUUUGAUCCACACGACCCUCACCUUGUAGCCUCAACACCAGCUGUUUCAUCAAAAGGCAGGAGAGCUUCAGAGAGACUCAUGCAGCGGGGCAAUGUUAGCUUUAAUCAGUCCGACCCAGCUAUUACAGCUUCUACUCCUUUCAUACCUGACAAAGUUGUGGCUAAGAAAAUCGUCUCCAGCACCCCUUUAGUGACUCAAUCGUCGAGCAGAUUAAAAAUGAAAUUUGAAUUAUCUCCAUACGUGACCCUUCUCAGAAAAAUGAUGUUGAUCAGAUAUUUUAAAUUCGUGCAAUUUCUAUUUUCGGGUUCGAUGUAAAUUUUGUUUGCCAGAUUUGUUGUACUAUAAUUGAUUGGCCGAAUGCGAUAUUUAAAGAUAUUUCAUUCGUUUUUGGCCUUUUUUGUUUCUACUUGACAAGUUUAUUUUGAGAUUUGGCCUAGCCAGACAUUUAUUUGCUAUCUAGCUGCUAAAAAGAGCAUCCAUUUUUAUAUUUAAGGAGGUGAAGAUGGAAAAGAUUAAUUUGUUACAGUAGACGCCACUGGCCUGGAUUGAUUGGCGAAAUUCCAAUUUACAUGUAGGUAACAUAAGUUCUUCGAAUUCGUUUUUCAUAAAUUGUUUAUAAUAUAUUAUUCCGUGAUGGCUUCAUUGUUUUAAUUUGAUGAACGACGAUUAAUAUAU